AACUUUCGGACUCGUUAGUUGGACGGACCGCCCUGUGUCACGUCAUUUACUGUCCGUCAAAUAAAGUAGCGAACAGGCGUCAAUGCUGCUCUGAUUAAGUCCCUUUUCUAACCUUUAUUUGAAGUGCUUUUGAUGGAGAACGCAGAGGAGAAAGACACGGAAGUAAAGGCGCCUUCAGUUGUUGACCGAUAUUACACACGAUGGUACAGAGCAGAUUUGAAGGGGAAAUCGUGUGAGGACCACUGCAUCUUACAGCAUUCAAACAGAUUAUGUGUUGUCACAUUAGCAGACACUCAUCCGAUCCUUCAGGAGGGCCGGACAAUCAAAAGCAUCAACUACCAGAUCAGUAAUGGCUGCAGUCGAUUAAAAAAUAAAGUGUCUGGAAAAUCCAAGCGGGGGGGGCAGUUUCUCACGGAUUUUGCACCUCUGUGCAGGAUAACAUGCACAGAUGAAACUGAAUAUACAAUCUACAGCUGCAUCCGAGGCCGUCUUCUAGAGGUCAAUGAGAAUAUUUUAGAAACACCGUCUCUCCUGCUGGAAAAGCCAUCCACUGAUGGAUACAUCGCCGUCAUCCUGCCAAAGUUUGAGGAGAGCAAGAGCAUCACAGAAAACCUCCUGAGCAGGGAGCAGUUCGAGAGCCUCGUCUCCAAACGUACUGUUGCCCAAUCCCAGCCCUCUUGACUGAGUUCUUACCCUGUCGACGUUUCCUGAGAGGAUAUCUCAUCCUUCCCUUCUGACCGGGUUGGACGAAGAAAGGAUUUUCUCCAGUUAAGUGACAGUGAGGUAACUUCAGAGACUGUUGCAUUUAAUGCACCUCAAGCCUAUUACAUUGUUUUUUUAUCAUUAUCAAAACUUUUGGGAGUUCUUAAUUUAUUGUUUGGUUUUCCCAGUUUGAAAAGAGGAAAGCAUGAAAAAACUACUUUAAUGUCCGUUGAUCCACUCAUCUCAUUGUCAGUAAUUAUUUUUCUACAAUGUCAAUAAACACAAACAACGACUUAAGAAAAAAUA